UUCGUUCUUUCUAAAAUCGCGUUCGGCGGAUGUGAACGUCGACUUUGAUUUCAAGACGAAAUCGAAUUUAAUCGUUUGUAAUAUAGCUAUUUUUUAUAAAUAAAUCGCAAAAAUGCCUCCUAAAUUCGAUCCCAGCGAAGUGAAAAAAGUGUUCCUGAGGUGCGUCGGAGGUGAAGUUGGUGCUACUUCUUCCCUUGCCCCAAAAAUUGGACCACUCGGUUUGUCUCCAAAAAAAGUUGGUGACGACAUCGCGAAGGCGACGAGUGACUGGAAAGGUUUGAAAAUCACCGUCCAGUUGACAAUCCAAAACCGACAGGCGACAAUUUCCGUCGUUCCUUCAGCCGCGUCUUUGAUCAUUAAAGCCCUGAAGGAACCGCCGCGGGACCGAAGGAAGGUCAAAAUUCAAAAGCACGGCGGCAACUUGUCGUACGACGACGUGAUUGUGAUCGCCAAGGCGAUGAGGUCGCGCUCGAUGUCGAGACAACUUUGCGGCACCGUGAAGGAAAUUUUGGGCACGUGUCAGUCUGUCGGCUGCACGGUCGAAGGAAGACCACCCCACGAUUUGAUCGAAGAAAUCCAGUCGGGAGAACUCGAGGUUCCGGAGGAUUGAACAAAUCGCUUUUAAUCCCGGAUUCAAUAAAAAAAAAGAUAAAAUACAAA